CAAUGGUUAUACACCAGGUACGAAAGAAUUCGUGUAAGUGGAUGGGUGAUACGUUCACACUUAUCGUCAUGGCUCCGUUUAUAUGGAGUUUUAGAGGGAACAUUAACCGGUUUUUAAUUGAUAUCCAGAUAUUACAGUACCUUAUCAUAUUGAUUGGAUUUUUUAAUUUAUCUCUGUGUCUUUACGAAGAUCAAAUUGGAAAAUUUGAUUGGAAGCAGAAUUAUGUUGGUAAAAUUAAAUUUGCUAAUUUUGACACUGUCUCGGCCGCAAAAAAAAUUAUUGUUGCUACUGAAGAAAAUGUUAUUGCUGCGCUAAACCUUAAAUCAGGACAAAUAUUAUGGAGACGUGUAUUAGAAAAAGGAUAUGCAGGUCAGAUACGAGCAUUAGGUGGAGUUACAGAUGAAGAUCUUGUUUCUGUAAGUGGAGGUGUACCAGCUAUUGUACGUGCAUGGGAUUUAGCCACAGGACAUAUACUUCAUGAAUGGCCAAUUGCUGAACAGAAUCAUAAUAGAAUUAAAGAUGUAAAAUGGCAUAUAAAAGAUGGAACGUUGCAUCAUAUUUUACCAAUUUACAAUAGUGGUGUAGAAGUAACAUCUUAUGAUAGUAAAACUGGAGAUAAAAUAAAAACAAGAAAAGUUUCUGCACCAUUUAUAACUCAAGAAACAGAAUGUGUUUUAGCAGCCCCCUAUUUAGCUUGUUUAAAAGGAGAUAGUUCCCUUGCUAUACUGUUUUUAGUGCAUUUAUUUGAUACAAAUUCUCAACCACAAUCAGUUACAAUAAAUACUAUAUUUGGUGCUGGUGCACAAGGUCCAUAUCAUUUAGAAUCUGUACUAGGUGAAGAACCUGUUGUAUCCAUUACUGCAGAUAAUAAUCAAAGAAAACGAAUUUUUCUUGUUGGAGAAGUACCUGUUCCUAUUCAAAAGGAUAUAGUAGGAGAUGCUGUACUUUAUAUAGUUUCAGUUGAUAAUGAAAAAGUACUUUUAGAAACAACUUAUAAAAAUGGAGUAACAGAAAUUGUUGCUUCGGAACUUUUAACAUCAAAACCUAUACCAAAUUUAUCUAUCAGUGUUACACAUACUUCUUUACUUUCACCAACAAUUGUAGCUUCUGUUUGUCCACGGCAAACAAAAGGUGUAACUUGUCGUCAUUUAUUAGCUUCCCAAGAUCACAGUGUUGCAUUACUCCAACAUAAUAAGUUAAUAUGGGCAAGAGAAGAAGCACUUGCUAGCAUUGUAGCAGUAGAAAUUAUAGAAUUACCUAUGUCAGAUAGGGAUCAAGAAAUAGAAACAGAAUUUGAUCAGAAAGAGAAUAUUGAUGUAGACAGUUCAUGGGAUGUACUAAGUAUGAUGUUUAGAAGAAUUAGUUCUCAAUUUAAACAAGCAAAAACAUUUUUUCAAUCUAUACUAAGUUUCACACCUCAACAAUCCAAUCAACGUACUGACUUAGUACGAGAUAAAUUUGGAUUACAUAAAAUGAUUGUCCUUGUUACAUCAGCAGGAAAAUUAUAUGGUAUUGAAACUAGAAAAGGUGAAAUUAUUUGGCAAUUGAGAGUGCCAAGUAUUCGUGGUUUUUCUAAAAGAUCUGAUGCAAUAAUUUUAUAUGUACAACGUGGCAGCAGACAUUUUCCAUAUCCUCCACAAUGUGCAUUAUUAGCAGAGGACAAAAAAACAGGAGAAGGAAUUAUAUAUACAUUUAAUCCAAUUACUGGUCAACCAUUGGAUGGUUUAAUAAAACUAGGAUAUAGAAUAAAGCAAUCCAUGUUGCUUCAUGUAACAACGGAUGAUUUUUUGCGAGGCAUACUUAUUUUUGACAUGCGAGAUAAAGCUCAUGUAUAUCCUGAAGGUGCAACUGCAAUUGCUGCAUCACUUGCUAAAAAUACAUAUAUAUUUACUGCUAACCAAGCAACUGGAAUGUUAUCUGGAUAUUCUUUAUCAUAUAGCACAGCUCAAGAACUUAUUUCUCAUAAAGUAUGGGAAUUAUUGCUUUCGCCAAAAAACCAAAGAAUAACGCAUGUCGUAUCAAAAAAUCCAAUAGAACGUGUUCAUUCCCAGGGUAGAGUUCUAAGUGAUAGAUCAGUUUUAUAUAAGUACAUUAAUCCUAAUUUAGUUGCUGUUGUAACUGAGGGUGCUGGACACACUCAUAAAAAUACGCUUAAUCUAUAUUUAUUGGAUGCAGUAUCUGGAGCAAUGAUAUUUUCUAUUAUGCACAAAAGAGUUCGUGGUCCAGUUCAUGUUGUGCAUUCAGAAAACUGGAUAGUGUAUAGUUAUUUUAAUGAAAAAAGUCGUAGGACAGAAAUUGCUAGUUUAGAAUUAUAUGAAGGAAAAAUACAAAGUAAUACCACAGUGUUUUCAUCUUUAGCUACAACUAAAUUGCCAAUUGUUGAAAGGCAAGCCUUUAUUUUCCCUGCAGCAAUAGAAUCGAUGCGGGAAACUAUUACAGAAAAAGGUAUCACAAGCAAACACAUUAUAGUGGCUUUAGCUAAUGGCGGAAUAUUGGAAUUACCAUGGAUGAUGGUAGAUCCACGACGGCCUAUUAAUCCUGAAAUACGUGAAGAAGGUGUGAUACCAUACAUGCCAGAGAUACCUAUCCAUAUGGAUGCAAUAAUUAACUAUAAUCAAAGCGUCUUUAGGGUAUCUGGCAUUCAUACUAGUCCUAGUGGCCUUGAAAGUACUUGCUUAGUUUUUGUACAUGGUCUUGACUUAUUCUACACACGCGUGGCACCAUCUAAAACAUUUGACGUUUUAAAAGAAGAUUUCGAUUAUUAUCUUAUUGUGAUAGUAUUGGCAGCGCUUUUAAUUUCAUCGUACGUCACAAAGAAACUAGCAUCCCAGAAAGUGCAAAAGCAAGCAUGGAAAUGAUAUUUCAUUUUUCUAGAAAAUCAAUGCAUUACAUUCUCAAGUAUUUGUUCACUAAAAGCAAAAAAUUUUGCUAAUAAUAAUUUGUAAAAAAAAAUACUGUUUUAUAAAAAGCCAAUGUUACUGCAAAGUAAA